ACGUUACUAACAGUUCGGUACAUUUUGGUUCAGUUAUCAAGCUCUCUCUGACUUUUUUGCCCGUUUGCAUGGACCAUGAAAUUAAUACAAAUACUUUUGUCAUGCUUUCUACUGCGUAUAUAUUGUGUUAGUGCUAGUGUGCAGAGGAUUAAUGUCGGUGCGAAUUUAACGGACUUCAUGCAUGUCCGUAAGAAAAGAGGCCUGAUAUUCAAUGGGAGUGGUCAACUUAAGCUAUCCAUCGGUCCCUCCGGUCAAGUCGACCUAGCCGAUCCGAUCACCUGGCGUUCGUUGGUCUGCUCCUACAGCUUGCAGGGCGGUCAUUAUUCAAUACCCAGUGAACCACUUUACCCAUGGGACAAAUGGGAGGACACCUUUGCGCGCAAGUCGCGGCUUUUACAUGCCAAUCGUGCAGAAUUGGAUGCAAAUAAUUAUGAGGCUGAUGAGUCUCGCUUGUUUUUCUACACGCUGCUAGAGACUUUAAUGAGUCGACGUGGCUUGCAUGGACAACAGUGUUUGCUGCGUUCCAUUUGUCAAAAUGCGCAAGUCGAUCAACAUGUUGGCCUGUUGUCGGAAAUUUUAGACGUUGUAUUAACGCCAGGUCGGGAAGAUUUGGACAAGCGUUACAGCGCGGCGCGUGAAGCUGGUGCAGCUGGCGCAGAUUGUAUGAAACUGUAUGAUAAAUGUCCGGCGGGUGUUAAUUUUUUGGAUAGUUAUUUGGAAUAUAUUUGAUUUGUUAAGAAUAAUGUAUAAAAAAACACAUGUACAUAUAUUUAUUUAGUGGGUGGAAGAAGCUAAACGACGAUUUUACUUUUUAU